AUCUCUUUCACGUCUUUACAGCGCCAGAAAACUCGCUGCGAAACCAACCACCGCACUUAAUGGCCGAAGGAAAGCCAGGGUUGGAGAUUUUAAAAACGAUUAGGGCAUAACGUAGGUGAAAAUGGUGCACCAGCUGUAGCGGCUCUUUGAUAGGGAUGUUCUGAAAACGUGAUAAGGAAAUCCUUGUCUUCAUUCAACUGCGGAUCCUGGAAUUUUUGCUCUUCAGGUUGACGUGGCCAUGUGUCGCCAAGGUCAUUUUGGCAGGGUGACCUUGUCGAUUUUCAGAGUGAACUAUCACAAGAAAUUGGCUAUAUUUGAAUUGCCCAGCUGUACUUUACCACAAUGAAAUUCACGCUACAGCUACUGAGUAGGGGUUCCCCAAGAGGUACCAACCAAAUAAAAGAAGUUAAAGAACCGUUUGUAUAUUGUCACAGUUUCAUCACAGGCUGGCGGACGUGGGAAUAACAAUUAUCUUGUUGAAUUAGACAUAGCGCCGCAUAUCACGAACAAAGAACCGUUCACUAAUCUUCCUCUGGCCAGUCCAGUCACAAUUCGUAAAAUACUACCGUACCUACUACCUUUAUGGGUACCCUGUGGAAUUAGAAAAUUGGGAAUUAUUUCAGUAUUACGGGGAUAAUCUGAUCUCUUUCUUGAUUAGGAGCUAAAUCAAAUAAUCCGCUGGGCUUGCUCUAUGUUCUUUAUUCUCUUCGCUAUCGAUUUUUCGCUCAAUUUCCGCAAUUAGACGUACAAACAAGCCACAUUCCAACGCGUCAGAUUUGCUUCAAAAGGAUAAAACUCGUGCACUUGGGUAGCUGUGCUCGGUCUUCAUGAAUGAGUUUAAAACAAGUGGAGUAUGUAGCACACCGGACAAUUUGGCAUUUGAAAAGAAUUGAUAAAAUGUGCGAAAGCCUUUGUUCCUUUUUAAUUAUAUGGGAUUAUAAAUGGCUUUUAAGAGUCUUUUGGUGGAUAUCUUGAGAGGUGAAUUGAGCUAGGGUCAUUGAAGUAUCGCUUUACCUGAAAGAGACAUCAUUGAGGAGAUGGCAAUGAUGACCAUCAAACAGUCAUUACGCUACUGGAAAAUUGCUGAAUUUCUGUUAAUUGUCGUUUCCGUGGCCCAUGCCGGUUUUCCGUGGCUUGUCAGUGAAGACGAGAAAAAUUCCUGGUUUUCUGGCCCAUCAACAAAGUGUCAUUUUGCAAACAAUUGGUACGUGAUAGGACAGAGCUUCUGCCCAGUCCUCCAUCCAUUUGGAUUGAUGCCAUGCAUGAAUUGUACUUGUUUGAAGAAUCCGCAGUUUGCAUUUCUAAGACCAAGAGUCUCAUGUCGCAGCGUGCGGGCUGAGUGUCCACUUGUGCCAUGUGCAGACCCAGUCACCAAAAAAGGACAAUGCUGUUCAACUUGUCAUAAUGAGUACAUCGCCCUUAGUGUGGCAUCGCACGAAUCUUCAAAGAAGCACCACCGAAGGCCUUUAGGAAGAUUCCAUUUGACAAUUUCACGAAAGUCAAUGUUCACCUGCAUAAAGUUCGAAAGUCAUACAAGAAGAAUCAAGUUCCUUAGACUGAAAAACAAGAAUGAUGACACUAUUUAUCACUCGAUUAACGAGGAAAAGUUUGUCACACAUAAUGACAACGGCAAGUAUUGCCUUGAAUCUGAACUGCCUGGGUCCCAGAUCGAAGAUUUGAUGAAAAUGAACAAAGUUGUUGUUGAAUUGCAUUUGAAUGAUUCCACGGACCUGAAAGGAGUUAUAUCACCAUACGAAAAGUUCAGUGAAGUACCGUUUGUAGCUUUGCUGAGUCCAUUUCAGCAAUUCCUAGAGACGCCUCACAUAGCUGCUGGCAUUGCCUCUAUUGACACUGAUAUGUACGGCGAUGAGAUCAGUUUGAAGUUAGGCAUGCUUUUCAAGACGGCUCAGUUCGAUUCAAGUGGUCAUAUGAAGCAAGGCAGCGUUCUUGUUAAGGUCAUCAAGCGUCCAUGGAAAGCUGACAAAUUAUCCCCGAUUUUAAAAACAUACUCUUUCAAAGUUACAGAAGAAGAAAUGACAUCUGAAAAGCUGGUAAUGAAAGAAGUGAAAUGGAGUAGGCCACGACCAGCUCAUUUGCGAUGGGUGGUGCGUGGAAUCAUAUUUGUGACAAUCGACUUUAAAGUGGGAAGUCACCAAAGUCGUGUUUUUGGCAGGGUAUCUAUACACGAUUCCUGUGGAAAAUUCUACACUGUUCUAUCCGGGGGUGGUUUGAAAAGACCAACAGCAACAGCAACAAGUGGUUUUGCCUCCUUGUCAUUUAAUACAAAAUCGAGGCUUCGAGUCAAGGUGUCUGGCAGAGGAAUACCAAAAGCACACAAAAUGGACAUUAAUAUUGUUGACAGCAACGACUUCGUUAUGAAGAAGCUGGCAACGAUCAAGAGGGAGCCAGAGGAAGACAAUUUUCAAGCUACGGGUGUGUGGGAGAAACCCACUGCUACUGCAAUAGCCAUGGUUUUCAAAGGAAAGCUAUUCAUUAAAGUUGCAGCACAUAUAAAGGCAAAGGACGACAUGAGAGGAAGAGUACAGAAGUCUCUUUACAUGAGUAAUGCUGAUUAUGACAAAGCGUCAAUCGUCUCAAUUCAUGACGUCGACUCAAGAGCGAAUGCAAAGACAGCCGCGGUAGCCCUUUUAACUGCUGACCCACAAUGCAACAUCAACUACGUCAUCUUUAUAAAUGGGUAUGCUGAUUCGUCCACAGCAUAUAAAAGCAUGAAUGCCCUUUUGAAAUUGGAUUUAGUUUUCAACAAAGGAAAGGGGGAAUUGGGCGAAGUGAAGCUGGAGGCUUUCAACGAAAAUUUCAUUGCUCGAGGUAGUUUGGUCAACCCUUCGGAUGAUUUUCUAAUCGGUGUUGCCUCUGGAAUGGCGCAUAUUCAAAUACAAACGCACCGGUUCACAACACAUGAGUUGAAAGGCCACGUAACGUUAUCAAGCAAUAAAUGUGCUAAAAUCCUGAACAAAAAGAGCCAAGAUUACCUGCAGAGAUCGUUGGCUGGAUCGGACCUAAAUGCUGGAGUCUGCUUGCACCAAGGUCGCUUUUAUGACGAUGAAGCCGAAUGGCAUCCACUUGAGAACGACAGGGUCACAAAGAUAUACUGCAAAAAAUGCACGUGCAAUAAAAGACUUGUGACUUGCAAGCAUAUCAACUGUCCAAUGCCCCUGUGUCCCAAUCCUGUAAAAGUGCGCGAGCACUGCUGUCCGGUUUGCACAAGUCCUCCAAAUGGCAGAGCUUUAGAUCCGAGGAAAGCUUGCGUAGUUGGCAUGCCAUCUCGAAAUGAAAUACGUGCAAUUGGAGAGGCAUGGCACCCAAGUAUCCAGCCUUUUGGCAUGAUAAAAUGCAUUGUAUGCAUAUGCAAGGGCGCUCCAGGAAAUUACAAGUGCACGACUGUUGUUUGUCCUAAGUUAGACUGCCAUUCACCUGAAAAAGUUCCUGGAUCAUGCUGUCCAGUAUGUCCACUGAAAAAGAGUUUGAGCCUUGAAGGACCAAGACCUAGUACUCACUCUACAGAUGGACUGACAAGUAAGAAAAAAUCUGGUUGCAAUUAUAAUGGACAUUUGUAUAUCCAUGGUUCAUCUUGGAAGCCUGUGUUACCUCAAUUUGGCAUCCUGCGUUGUGUGAUUUGCAGAUGCAAGAAUGGACGUGUGAAAUGCAGGCGAUUACGAUGCAUGAAAUCUGCAAGGUGCCGUGGCAAAGAUGGCAGAGUGCCGAGCGAUCCUUGUUGUCGACAUUGUACCUUUAGGGGAAAAACAUAAAAUUCUUCGUCCAUAUGUAUAAUUUGCUGGGGAAGCAAUUUGGCUUAGAGCAUUUGCAGAAAUGUCAAACAUGAAACUGCUACAAAACAUAAUCAUUGGAAUGAAAAUUUUUUAGUAACAGAAACCGCGAUCUUGGUUUGCCAUAAGGUGGAACACUCGAACAGAUAUCAUGCUGCCUAGGUGGAACACUCGGACAGAUAUCAUGCUGUCUAAAGACUCACAAGAAUCUCCACUGAUUUUACAAAACUUUAUACCAGGUCUCAUAAUAUUGUACUUAGGACCUGACGAAACAGAAAGUAAAAACAAACCUCAUGUUCUUUAUGCAUUAAUUGAAAGUAAUAUUCCUAACAAAAUGAUACCAAACACCCAGUACACAGUUCUAUGUCACACGUACCCAGUACCCCAUAGUAUUCUCCUGCUAACUCUGAUCAGGAAACCUCUGCCUUGAUAGCAUUAACCACACUGAAAACGAAUUUAGAAUCAAAACUAUCAUGAUUGCAAACGAUUGGAUGAAUGCCCGGAAUAGUUGACGUCAUUAUUAUCCUAAGCUGAAAAGAAAAGGCUUUCAAAAGUAUUUUUAGGACGGUACUCAUACCAGCAGUGCUAAUCAUUGAUCGUGCAUUCCUUUUCUAUUGUAAAGAUCUAACUUCUGUAGAUAGCUGAAACUUCUAGGCACAAUACUUCCUUUUGUAAUAUGUAGAAAAUUACAGGUAUAAUGCUAUAUUGAAAAUAAGGCAGUUUUGGGACUGCUAUUCUUGCUAUCGAGAGACUAGUAACUGAAACGUAGCACUUUUAUCAUCAAUCACUUGGGAGACUUUAUACUUUUCAAUCAUGAAAAAUCACUUGAGGGACUUUAUUUUUAUGUUUGUUAAAUUUAAUCAAUCAAUGUGGUUGUAUUUAGAUUUUAUCUGCCUCCUAUGAAUUAGCAGAGACAGCACCCUUCCCUAUACAUUUGUUCUGAUUAUAUUAACGGUCAUUAUUUGCUUUUGAUAAAGGAAAGCUUUCAAAAAUACUAAGCAAAUGAAUCGGACGUAGCAUCCUCGUUAAAAAUAACAUGACAAAUUGGCGAUAGCUUUAUCCAAUUCUGCCUAUAUGAUAAAGAUUAUUCGUACCUCCAAUGCCUGCCAAAAGAACUUUUAACACCCAGCAAUUUGCGUUGCACUUGAUAUCUCUAAUUCUUUUCCCGAAAAGAGAUCACUCCUUCUGCCCCCUUCCCCCUAAAACAAUGUUGAUAAUUUAGAAAAAUAUCAUAGAAGAAGAGCAAAAGAAAGUGCUUCCUAAAAUCCUAACUCGUUUGAUAGUAAACCAACAUUAUUCUGUAGGGGAGAGGGGGACGAUUGAUUCUGACUUUGGAAAUUGACGUCAGUGUUCCAAGACUUUUGGCAGGCAUUGUCCAUACGUUCUAGGCAGCCACAGGGUUUUGAUCAAAUCAGAGCAAACUUGCUAGGCAAAUGGUUAAAGUGUUUUUUCUAAUUCACUGUCCAUGUAUUUGUCUAAGUCGGUUAUUGAGUAUGUUAAGAACUGUGCAUCACUAGUGACUGCAAGUAGAUAUCAAAGUAUAGUAUGAAGUGAUCUGUAGAAAGAGGAUUUAAGUGUCUAACACGUAGUGUUUAUAUUGACCUUGAUCCAGAUUUUAAUGUAAAUAUGUAUACAUGGAUAUUGCCUUCAAUAUAAAUUAUUUAAUUUUGUAAUCAACAGUUUUCAUACAAAGAUCCGAAGACAAAAGUGGUUUUCUGUCUCUUCUUUUAUUCCUCUUGAUGGGAAACACUAACGCAUGGUGAACAGUUCGAUUAGUAUUUAGACCAAAUGAAACCUCUAAAAGACUCUCUUAACUUAACUUACAACUUACAUGCAAAUCAAUGAAAUAUCUCAUUCAUAUGAGGCUAGAUAAUGUACAACUGAAAUUACAAAACUGUUUUAUUUCAUUUUUCUUCGCAUUUAUUUUCAUCUUUAUUUCUUGCACCCCUUACAAUUUCCCUCUCUCCUCCCCUACCUUUUCUUCACAGUUGAAUUCGUGUCGCCUACCUUUUCUUCAUCCUCGUCCUUCCAACUUCUCAAUUUUCUAAAGUGUUCCUUUUCUUUUCUCUUUUCUUUUUCUGCUUAUUCUCUCCUUCUUCGUUUUCUUCUUUCUUCACUUCUUUGCAUAAAGACUUUCACGUAACUUCCAGUGGUGUAGUGCUAUCAAAAUAACAAGGGGGGCUCUUGCCCAAAAUGUUGCGAAAAACAAUAGCAAAAGUAGUGAUCUGCCAAUUUUCAGCCUCCCGAGCCCCCCUUGCUCUACACCCCUGGUAACUUCCGCUUCUUUUUCUUAUUAACAAUAUUUUCUUCUUUAUCUGUGCCUACCUUCUUGCUUUCUUCGUUCCCCCAUACUUUCCUUCUUUUUACUUUUUAUCAUAUUUUUCUACUAAUUCUUCGGUCCUCUAUAUGUUUUCCUUUCCUUUUUCUAUACAAAAUACAGGU